GACUUUGGUAAGACGAACAAUAACAAUAAGACCCACAAGAAUAAGGAAGACAAGAAGAAGAGGGAAGUGGAUAAGAAGAAGGAAGCCAAAAAGAAGAAGGAAGCUGAGAAGAAGGAAGCUGAGAAGAAGGUAGCCGAUAAGAAGAAGGAAGCCAAGAAGAAGAAAGAAUCCAAAAAGGAGGAAGAGGAGGAACAUGUGGAUCUAGAAGAGGCUAGGGUUAAACAUCUUCUGUUAAAAGUUUUGGCGAACCAACAAAGUAUCCAGGAUGAGCAGAAACAUCAGAGGGCCAAACUAAACCUGUUGUCUAUGACUUUUGAAGGCUAUAUCAUUUCCACUUCUUCAGAAAGCAGACCUGACAAAGGAAGUAAAGAAGAAGAGGGUGAUGAUGAUUAUCUGAAGCGUUUUUAUGGACUUGAAGUAUCGGCAGCCGAGACCAUCAUCAUGAAUACGCUCAAGUCAUGGAAGCCAAAGGGAAUAAACAAGUUCAAUCAAUCUGAAGAGGUGCAAGUUCCUGGAGGUGGAGGUGGCAGUGGAGAAGAGGUGGAAGUCCCUGAUCAGGAGAGGGAUCAAGUAGCUAUUGACUAA